GGGCUGUUGGGCAUGCGCAGUGUGCUCCGGUUUGGGCAGGGCGCGGAUCGCGCGCGGUGAAUGAAGAGGAGGGCACCGGAGCGGCGGCCUGCUGUUUCUAUGGUGAAGAUGGCGGCGCCUGUGCUGAGCGGCCGGAGCGGAUCAGCGAGCAGCAGCAGCAGCCCGACUGCUGCAGCCAACAACACCAUCAACAACCGGCUCGUCUGCGCACCGGAGCUCGAUUUCAGGUCCGGAAGCAGGAUGGACGAACUGAACCGAUUCAUCCAAGAAUUCAGCAAACACGAUCAGCGCGAAUACGACGACCAGCGCGCACUGGAGAUCCACACGGCCAAGGACUUCAUCUUCUCCAUGCUCGGUAUGGUGCAGAAGCUCGACCAGAAGUUGCCGGUUGCUAACGAGUACCUGCUGUUGUCGGGUGGAGUUCGUGAUGGUGUCGUGGACAUGGAUCUGGACAAACUGGGAGUGUAUAACCGUGGCUCAGACUUUGACAUGGCCUUCACGUUGCUGGUGCCUGCGCUGAAGCUGCAUGACCGCAACCAGCCCGUCACCCUGGACAUGCGCCACUCAGCACUGGGUCAUUCCUGGCUCAGCCUGCGGUUAUUUGACGAAGGCACCAUUACACGCUGGAGGGACUGCUGCAUGAUGGCGGACCACAUAAACGGCACCACAAACUACUUCUUUUCGCCCACACUGGUGGCCGACUGGUUCCAGGAAGCGGUGGCGCUGGUGCUGGCCGAGGUGCAGCGAAAGCCGCAGCGAGGAAUGCCGAGGGUGGAACGGGUGGAGCGCCACAGCACGCUUCUCUCAAUGAUCCUUGGAGUGGGCAGCAGCCGUAUGCUGUAUGACAUUGUACCGGUGGUGUCAUUCAAAGGUUGGCCUGCGGUUGCUCAAAGCUGGCUAAUGGAGAAUCACUUCUGGGAUGGGAAGAUCACAGAAGAGGAGGUCAUAAGUGGUUUCUACUUGCUUCCCGCUUGUUCGGUUUCCGGUCGAAGGGAAAAUGAAUGGCGGCUAUCCUUCGCCCGCAGUGAGGUUCAGCUAAAGAAGUGCAUCUCACCAGGUCUAAUGCAAGCAUACCAAGCCUGUAAAGCCAUUAUUGUCAAGAUGUUUGCCCAACCUAUGGCUGUUGGGCCCUACCACUUGCGCAGCAUAAUGCUAUGGGCCUGUGACCGCUUGCCAGCAAACUACUUGGCACAAGAAGACUUUGCUGCUCAUUUUUUGCUGGGUCUUAUCGAUGACCUGCAGCACUGCCUCGUCAACAAGUGCUGCCCCAAUUAUUUCAUCCCACAGUGCAACAUGUUUGAGCACCUGUGCGACGACACGGUGAUGUUUCACGCACGCAAACUGGCACUGGUUCGCUCUGACCCGGCCGAACACCUUCGUGCUACCAUUGAUCAAGCAAAGAGUGCCAACCGCUUGACCCAAGAAAUGCAGAGGCGUGGAAGUUCCUCUGGCCUGCCUUCACCACAAACCGAUGCUUCCUCUUCUGAUCACCAACAACCUGAUGACCGGCUAGCUAAAAAACUCCAGCAAUUGGUCACAGAGAACCCAGGAAAGUCCAUUUCAGUGUUUAUCAACCCAGAUGAUGUCUCACGACCACACUUCCGCAUCGACGAUAAGUUCUUCUAAGACCCAGGGAACCUUUCCAUGCAGUCAUCUGAAGCGGUAUUGAAGGAAACCUAUCUGUUACGCAGAGAUCCGACGUGCAGUGUGGUGUUGGAGAAUGUUCUCUGGUAGAAGCGCAGACUGAAAGCGUGGCCAAACCAACAUCUAAAGCCUUCUGGAAGUAGAGAACUCGUAAUAAUUUUGUCUGAUGUGUACAUGGACAUUUAAAACUGCUGUGCACAUCCUAAUGCAUUGUAAAUGAAAAUGUCUUUUUUUUGCCAUGUCCAGGCAAGAAUUUUGCCGCAGCAGCUGGAAAUACUGUAAACAACACCCACGAUAGCGAAUACUGAAGAAGUCUAGAGACGACGAAUAACGAAUCAAAAUCCUGUCUUUCCUAGUUAGUCCUUCAAAAGCUUUCUAUCAUGUUCGUUCUUAUCGUGUUACUUUUAUGGACGAACACUUUACAAAAAAGUUUCAAAACAAUGAUAUGUAAAAAAAAAAGGGCCAUUUUUUUUAUAUAUCUGGCUAAUGGAGAACACUCAAAAUACAACUUUAAGUGCAAUUAAUGACAAGUACAAUUACAGCAAGAGGCUUUUAUACAAGCUGUAUGUUGCCAGUCAGAAGAAUGCAACUUUACUAUGUGUCUGCUGUGUAAGAUUCCAAAGCACCGCUGCUAUCAAAAAUGUAAGAAAGUUCAUUUUUAAAAUCAUUUAACUUUUUAAAAUUGCCGCCAACAAUUUUGACUAACCAUCGUAAUCAAAUCCAAACGUGCAUAUUGUAAAGAAACGUAUCAUUCGUCCUAAAGCGAGGAGGUUUCAAUGAUGAGAAGUUCUAGUUUCUCCAGAAUUGUUUCACUUGUAAAGAAGAAAAAAAAAAAAGAUUGUAUUUGAAUGUUUUUGAUGUUGUGAACAAAAUCUGUCUUUUAGUUUUGCACUAAAGUGACUGGAACCUGCACGUUACAAACAGCAGCGGCUCGUAGCGGUAGAAGUCGUUAAUAACGAAAAGGCAGAGAGUCAAGAGGCUAUCGUGCUUGAUUUGCUAUGCUAUGCUGUAGGCUAACGGAUUUUAAUAGUAACCUCAUUACAGGCAGUUUGAGAGUCCACAUUGUCAUACAGAAUACAGUCGAAUAGUUUGUUUCAAUAUGGCAUGUGUGUUUCCAGUUGAUGGUGUGCAAUGCUGUGAUGUAAGAGAUAUCAGGGUUGCCAGGUUUCACAAAACCUUCCAACUACAUUUUAAGAAUCUGGGCCCUUGAGCAAGGCCCUAAACCCUGUCUUCUCCAAUGGUGCUGUAUCAUGGCUGAACCUUUGCUCUGACCCCUACCUCCAAAGUUGGGAUAUGCGAAGAAAGAACUUCUUUUUGAAAUGUAGCUGUGACAAAUAAAGGAUUUAAAAAAAGAAGUUAAUCAAACAGGUGGAAUCAGGUGUGGCUCCUGUUUGAAUGGAAUAAAAACUCACACCCGCAUCAGCUCUUUGCGUAUAAGAGUUUUCCUUUGUUUGUGGAAAUAAAACAUUUUGGCAGACGGAUUUCUGCGCAACCCUGGCAACCCUGGCAUUACUUUCAUCACUAGCGCUCGUUGCAGUUCCCAUUUGUGGCCACUAGGUGUGCUAAUAACUCCAAACGGACCACUCAGAGCUACACGCUCUAAUUAACAUAAAAUCGAUUAACAUCUUUCGAUUAGUGACAUUCCUUUUAAAUAAUUAGUCACUUAAAAUAGCUGAUUAGUAUUUCAGUGAUUUUUAAAGUUUCCGUUAUCUACGGAUGAGCCGCUGCUGCAUGCAACCUUCGAACUAUAUCUAAUGAAGGAAACGAUUCCCUACAAGAGCAGCAGGAUUUCCCAUGUAGCCUAUUCACCAUCUUUUUAUGUUUUCUCAUUAAUAUAUAUAUAUAUAUCUGUAAAAGACUGAAAAACAUUAGAGCUAGAAUUCACAGACACAUGAUUAUGGGACCAAAACAUCUCAGUAUCGUUACACUGAUCACGUCACUUCCUGAUCUAUUAUUUAUAAAUAGUCUUAUUUUCCCGACACUGUCGCUCACGUGCUUGCUGUCUAACACCGUAUUAGAACGUGGCAGUUUGGAGGAGUCACGGAUUUUGCGUCGGUUUCAGUGUGCAUCGGUGUGCAAAUAUGGAAAGGUAAUAAACUUGCUUACCAGGGCAUAUAAUAACGCAA